GAGGGAGGGAAGGAAGGAAGAAGGGGGGUCGGAGGCAGCGGUGGCCGCUGCCGCUGCUGUUGCUGCUGCGGCGCUUCACUCCCGCUCACCCGCUCUCACCAGCCUGCUCCCGCUCCGCCGGCCUCGGGGCUCCGGCUCGCUCCUCCCGGUGCCUCGCGCCCGCGCCCCCCGGCCCCCGGGGCCUCGCUUCCCGCCCCCCGCGGUAUGUCGUGAUCCCGAGCGGCGGCGGCGGCGGCGGGUUUCAUGGGGCUCCUCAGGAUUAUGAUGCCGCCCAAGUUGCAGCUGCUGGCGGUGGUGGCCUUCGCCGUGGCGAUGCUCUUUCUGGAGAACCAGAUCCAGAAGCUGGAGGAGUCCCGCUCCAAGCUAGAAAGGGCAAUUGCAAGACAUGAAGUGCGCGAAAUUGAGCAGAGGCAUACGAUGGACGGUCCUCGGCCAGACACAGCUUUGGGCGAGGAGGAAGACACGGUGAUCAUCUAUAACAGAGUCCCUAAAACUGCAAGCACGUCCUUUACCAACAUUGCCUAUGACCUGUGUGCAAAGAAUAAAUACCACGUCCUUCACAUAAACACCACCAAAAAUAAUCCGGUGAUGUCCCUGCAAGAUCAGGUGCGCUUUGUGAAGAACAUAACUUCUUGGAAAGAAAUGAAACCCGGGUUUUAUCACGGACAUGUGUCUUACUUGGAUUUUGCAAAAUUUGGUGUUAAAAAGAAGCCAAUUUACAUUAAUGUCAUAAGAGAUCCUAUAGAAAGGCUGGUUUCUUACUAUUACUUUCUACGAUUUGGAGAUGAUUACAGACCAGGCUUACGGAGAAGAAAACAGGGAGACAAAAAGACUUUUGACGAAUGUGUGGCUGAGGGAGGCUCGGACUGUGCUCCAGAGAAACUGUGGCUUCAGAUCCCCUUCUUCUGUGGUCACAGCUCGGAAUGCUGGAACGUGGGAAGCAGAUGGGCCAUGGACCAGGCCAAAUAUAACCUGAUUAAUGAAUACUUCUUAGUGGGAGUCACCGAAGAGCUCGAAGACUUCAUCAUGCUUCUGGAGGCAGCCCUGCCCCGCUUCUUCAGGGGGGCCACAGACCUCUAUCGGACAGUAGGAAAGAAAUCUCACCUUAGGAAAACCACAGAGAAGAAGCUCCCCACCAAACAAACCAUAGCAAAGUUACAGCAGUCUGACAUCUGGAAAAUGGAGAAUGAGUUCUAUGAAUUUGCCCUGGAACAAUUCCAGUUCAUCCGAGCCCAUGCCGUUCGAGAAAAAGAUGGGGACUUAUAUAUCCUUUCACAAAACUUUUUCUAUGAGAAGAUUUACCCCAAAUCGAACUAAGAAUACCACGUUCCUACUUGAUCCAUGGACUUAAUGUUUGACCACGUCUCCUCCUUGGUUCUCAGCUCCAUAAUCUAGAUUGCUGGCAAGCCUGUGACAUGAUUUACUGUCGAGUUGAGAUUUGGGCUGUGAAGGACUUCAAGCAAGCAAGUGGACAACGACUGGAGAUAUCAGCCUUCCAAGAAGCUUAAGCUUCAGGUCUUUUCUUCAGCCCAACCUUUGGGUUGAGCUAAUAGCCUCCUGUCUAAAGAAACUACACAUUUGUUUACCAAAAUUAACACACAGCAGAAUUCUAGUUGAUGGUAAAAUUUCAGAGAAGUGUCCUCUACUCUGUUUUUGAUUCUGAGAGAAGUUGUCUUUACCCAAGACAUCUGUAAAGAAGAAACCGUCUAUCUCCCUCACCUUCCCUUGGAGAAUGGUCUUUAAUGAAUAGUGUUACCGACUGGUUGGCCUCUUGUACUUUGUUAUUGUGAUUACCGUCAACUUAGAAUGUCCAAUAAUGUUUGCUAAGAAAUGUGGCUGCUGCUGUUGGAUUUGCCCAUAUUUAUAUAGGUUUUAAUAAAAAGAGAAUAUCCAAUUGUGAGUGUUAGGAAGGAAUUAAACCCAGUAAUGUAAACAGAUAGAGAAUCGAUGCAGUAUUUCUCCCUCCGCCCUCCCCCCCUCCCCAUCUCCUUACCAACCAUGGUUGGGAAAACUCAUCAAAGAAAGAUGUUUUAUUUCAGACUUACACAUUGAUGUUAAAAGCGACUUCAUUAUCUAUUCCUCCCCAAAUGAUUUGUAAUGGAUAUAUUGGCAAUUCCAUAUUAUAACUCCAUUCGUGAGCUGUGGUAUGGUUGGGAUUUUCCUACUACUUCUAUACUUUUACCUGUAGAAUAUUUUUACUAAGGUGCUUUUUAAUGUGUUUUAAAGCAUUGCAUUUACAAAGGAGUCAAAUGCUGUAAAUAUUGCAUAUUUUAUGUAUUUGGACCAAAAGGCUAUGAGUAACUAGUUUAAAGUGGUUUUGCACCAAUUUUGUUAUGUCAAGUGAAAUCAUCCCAUCUGCUAUUCUAUUUCUCAUCCGGGUCAACUAACUGUUGGACAUAACUGAAAUGCACUUCAACAACUUUGAAUGUUAAAUACAGAAAGCAUCAAGGAGGUCAGGCAGAAGCAGGUCAGAGUGGAAUGAGCCCAGGACUUGAGAGUCAGAAGAUGCACAGCUUAUGGUCCUGGCUCCAGAAAUUUGAGCUUUUGUGACCAUCAGCAAGUCACCUAAACUCCGUGGGCCUCCAUUUUCUCAUCCAUAAAACGUGGACAGUCAUACCUUCCCUACUUACCUCAUAGAGCUGUUGUGAGCAUCCAGCAAAAUUGGUAAGAGUGCUUUGAAACUUGUAAAACGCUAUGGAACCAAAAGUCAUUAUAAAAAUUAUUUUAAAAAAACACACAAACAUUCGUAACAUGAGAUAUUUCACCAUUCAUCCUCCAUCAUGUGGGGGGAAGAGGGAGAAGAUUCCAUCUGGAAGCUGUACAGUACAGAAGAAAUACACUGAUUCACGCGGGAUAGACUUCUCUCAGUGUCUUGCACUUCAUGUUUCGGCAGCUAUUGGAAUGUGAAAUCGACUAGCGGAUUUCCAAACCUGUUAAGUUUCACAAACAGUGGUCUGGAUUCAGGAGGUGCCCUCUUUCAAAUAAACCUGCUUCACUGAUUGCGGGAGAGGUGGGUGGGGUGGGGGGGGAGUAAAACAAAUCUUGUCAUCCAGAAUGUGAAAGAUUUUCCGGUUUUGUUGUACAGUCAUAAUCAAUGCAUAUUUUUCUAUUUGCCAUUUCUAAAAUAUGUAUUGCUGAGUUUGACUUCCCUGUUCCCCAUUCACACUCUCCCCCAUCUUAGAAAAGGAGCCUUCUGAGAAAAUGUGUUAAGUAAACAUGGCCUAGGGAUGCCUCACCCCAUCAUAUGAAAGCAUUUUGAAUGUCCCCCUAAAGGAUAUUUUCACCUGUCAAAAAAGUCAUCAUAAAUCAGGACAAAACUUGCAAAGACAUUUGAAGGAAAAAUGCAAGAAGAGUUUUGGAAAGAAACACUUAAAAAUUGAAUCACAUCAGAAUGCUGAUAAGACAUUGCUGGGUAUAUGGUGGUUUUUGACUAGUCUCAUUUUCCAUUUAUUUAUUGGCAGGGGAUGUGGCUCACAAAUUGUUUCCUUGGCAAUAGACACACAAAAAAAUAGUAUCCCCCUCCCCCCCCCAAAGAAAACCCUCAUCUCUAUACAGGAACAGAUCUAAGCGGGGCGGGGGAGAGGGGGUCUGUCAUAAAGUUUACAUAAAUACUAGCCCACAACCUUCAGAGGGCAAGCUAAGGACUUCCAGGGGUGAAUCAACUCUUUCCUGUAACUGCAGCACCCCUGAGGGCACUAGAAGUAUUACUAUGAACUAGCGCUUUGUUGGCCUCAGAGUUAAUUUACCCUCAGAAGGUCCUAAAUUCCCUCUAAAGGGUAGCUUACAGACCCAAAAAGUUUCUGCCACAAUUUCAUAAAUUUUGAUGAUUGGAUUGCAUCCAAAUACAUUCUUUCCUUUCCCUGAUCUGAUCUAAUACAAUUUCCAAAGUGGUAGCAUUGAUGAUAUCAUAUGUCCGAGGUGACUUAAUCAUGGUCCUGCUAGGAGUUGGGUGGAGGGGGUGGAAUAAAUGACAUCUCAUGGUCCAAGCCAGCCCAUUUCUGCAAAUGCCGCAGAUUCCUUAUGAUUCCAAAGCCGGGGACCGAGAUUUGUAAUAAAUCAGUACCCUCAACUGCUGAAACAAUAAUGUAUUUUUUUAAAGUGGCAAAUGUGGGUUUUUUCCAGCCUCUGCUCUUUGUCAGUAUUUUUGACCAUAGGGAAAUACUUUUUUUAAUAUAUAAAAGUGAAUUAACCACUUUGCAUUUUAAAAGACAAUGUUAUAUGUUAUGUGUAUAUGUGUGUGUAUAUAUGUCUAUAUACAUAUAUAUGUUUAUUUCCUUGGAGAAGAAAAGAUACCUUUUUGUUCAAAUUGUUUUAACUUCUAUUUUCUAAUUGCUCCAAAAUGACAGCUGUCAAUAAAUUUAUGUGACUGUUUUCAACUCUAAUGGGGGGGGGGGAAAUCAUAUGGUUUUUGCCUAGCUUUAACAUGUAAAAUAUUCCUUUACUUAAUAGUAAAAAUAAAAGAAUGUACAGGGAUUACUUUUAUAUCACCUGUAUGCAUUAAUACAAUUUGCAGAAUUUUGAAUGCCUCUGAAUUCCUGGUACUCACAUUUAAAUCUAAUGAAAAAUCAAAGAAUAUUUUCAAAGGAUAAGCUUUAUACAUGGUAGUUUUUUAUUUCCAUUUAUUUUUCAGUUAAAUCUUGUCAUUUAAAAUCCAUAAUUGCUUUGUCACAUAAAUGACAGUGACAGAAUCACUAAACUUGUUAGUGUUUUUCGUGACAAACCACAUUUUUACAUUGCAGAUGAUUUCCCAUUGUUUGCCUAAUUAGGAAGAACUUCAUAGACAGUAAUAUUCUCUCUGUUACUUUCUCUCCAUCUCCCUCUUUUUUACAAAACAGCUUUAGACAUGAGAGAAGCUAAAUAAACAGGUAAUUCCUAAAAUGGAUUCCUGUUAUUUGAACUUUCCAUCAAAUUGUCCAUUAAUGACAUUUCUAGGACCCAACUAGACUCCCAUUGGCUGUUUUCAGAAUGAAUACUCCAUAGGCUUCUAAUCCACAGCUUGCGAGAAGUAUCUCAUAGACCCAUUUCAUGAGGCUCACCCUUGAGAGGCUAAGAUGCCCCUGUCUUUAUGUUAUAAAAGCUUGCCUCUGCAGUAAGUUCUGUCUAUGUCAGGGCAUGGGGCACUUGGUAGGGUGGUUUUUUGUUGUUGGUUUCUUUUUGGGGGGGUGGGUGUUGCACCAAUUUCCCUGGUAUUAAAAAUGGCUUGUAUGUGAUGCUGGCUACAAUAAAGCCCACACAGUCUGCUGAAAUGGCCUGUUUCCAAUGCACUGCCAACUUAGCUCCUUCAAAGUGGAGCUUAUGACUACUGCCCAGUGGCUUGGAGAGAUGCUGAAAUGGGGCCUUGGGCUAGCCAGACAGACAGACACUCUUGUAUGGUAAGCUCAUGCAGUUUGGUGAUGUUCGUAGCCCUGUUUACAAAACAGGUCCUCCUGGUCAGGAUGCCCUUCUAACACAUCAGUCACACACCUGUUAUUUAGGCAUCAGUGCUGUCUCCCAGGUCCCUUGGUACUAUUUCCCUGCCUUUUGUGGCGAGAGUCUGGUGUGGGAGCAUCUCCUUAGCAGUAUCGAAUGUAACUUUGAGAAAACAUGGAUUGUGCUUCAUGAUUUUUAUUUUAAAACUACACAGACAGCUGAAUAGUGCCUUUUUUCCUCACAAUCCAUGUUGUAAGAUGCCCACUCCUCUCUCUGUCUCUCCCUUUCUUGCUCCCUGCCUCCCUCCCUCACCAUGGAUUCAUUUGUGCAAUACCAUUCCCACUUGAAACCAUUCUGUCACAUCUGUUGGAAAGAUAAUCACUCGUUCUCCUUAACCCGCUGCCAGCUUUCUGUUGUUGAAGUGUUUCGGUUGAUUUCCUGAUGCAAAUGCUAUUAAAAUAAACAACCAGUGGGAAGGGAAAAA